AUGGGAUUUGAUGGCACCUCCAUCACUGAUCAAGUCAAGACCUUGAUUGAGAAGUACCAUGUAGGCUCAAUACUUCUCAAGGCUCAGAACCUCAAAUCCGCCGAGCAAACCACUCAGCUUGUGCUUGAUCUUCAGACUCUCGCCCAUGAUGCCGGUCAUCCUGUUCCGCUCCUCAUUGCUCUGGAUCAGGAAAAUGGCGGAGUCAACAGCUUGUACGAUGAAGGCUAUAUCCGACAAUUCCCCAGCGCCAUGGGCAUCGCCGCCACGGGAUCGAAGAGAUUAGCCAGGGAUAUAGCGAGAGCUACGGCUCAAGAACUGAAUUCUUGCGGCAUCAACUGGAUAUUGGGUCCCGUGCUUGAUGUUCUUACCAAUGCCAGAAACCAACCUCUGGGAGUACGAUCGAUAGGUGAUGACCCCCACGAAGUAUCUGCGUAUGGGGUCGAAUGUAUAAAAGGCUACCAGGAAGGUGGUGUUGCGACCUGCGGUAAACACUUUCCAUCUUACGGCAACCUCGAAUUUUUCGGUGUGCCGGAUGAUGUCCCUACCAUCACGGAUUCGCUCGAGAACUUGAGCCAAAGCGCCUUGGUUCCAUUUCGUACGGCAAUUGCCCAAGGAAUUGAUUCUAUGAUGGUUGGAGGAGUCGCAAUGGCGUCAUCUCAGGUCAACGUAAUGCAUGCCUGUCUUUCGGAGCAGCUCGUCGAAGACCUUUUGCGACACAAGAUGCGCUUCGAAGGGGUCGUGGUUUCGGAGUGUCUGGAAAUGGAAGCUCUUAGCCGCAACAUCGGUAUCAGUGGCGGAACAGUCAUGGCUUUCAAAGCCGGCUGUGAUCUGAUUCUGACGUGUAGGACCUUGUCGGUUCAAGAAGACGCCAUCAACGGUCUCAAAGCUGGGUUGGAUAAUGGAAUGAUUGAACGCUUCCGCGUGCAAGAAUCACUGCGAAGGAUCCUCAAGAUGAAGGCAAAGUACACAUCUUGGGAAAAGGCAUUUGCCCCCGCUGGGAUUGAAAACCUUGCCCGACUACAACCUCUUCAUUCAAGGCUCUCCACUACUGCAUACAACAAAUCGAUCACUGUGGUUCGCGACCAGAAUCGCUACUUACCGCUGUCGAGAGUUCUCAGACACGAAGAUGAGCUGCUCCUACUGACACCCCUUGUCAAACCCUUACCCGCCUCUGCCUUGUAUCAUCAGAUGCAGAGCGAAACAUCAUCAGUGCCAAACUUUGGGCGGAGUCCUAGUGUCGACACCAACACCUCGAUCAUGAGUGGCGAACAGGUCUUUCGAGAGCUGGGAAGGUCUUUGGCGAGGUAUCGGAACGGUAAGAUCUCUCAUACUUCGUACACCGCGAACGGAGUCAGACCACUGCAUGAGACGUUGUUGGACCGAGCACAAGGUGUGGUUGUCGUGACAGCUGAUGCGGGCCGUAACAAGUAUCAAAAUGCAUUCGCCAAACAUAUUUCAAUGUUAUGCAAAUUGGCUGUUGGACGAGAUGGCUCGCCCAAAGAAAAGCCUUGUGUUGUGGUUGCCGUCAGCUCUCCAUUCGAUUUCUCGUCGGACACAACGGUCGGAACAUACGUAUGCACCUACGAUUUCACCGAGACGGCUUUGAGGGCUCUAGUUCAAGUACUCUACGGUGAACUCGGCCCUGCAGGAGUGCUUCCAGGGUCAUACAGUCAAAAGCCCCAGACCAGUCAAUCUCGCCAGCAGUGGCUGGUGGAAAGUUUCAGCGAGGAGCGCGACUCCACAGCCCUGGAUGUUUUACUUGUUGAAGCCCAAAACGAGCCAUCAUUACAUGCAAAUGCACUGAAAAAUGCAACAACCAGCACUUUUCUGCUCCACGAUCCAGAUGUGGAAGAGGCACAUUUCGUGGUUAGAAACAGCAGCACAAAAGAGCUGUUCGGUUUCUGCACCACCUAUUACCUUCCAAAGACAGGCGUGGGUCAUGUUGGGGCGAUCAUCGUCGACCCUGCCCGUCGACGACUGUCGAUAGGCCGUUCGCUGCACGAUCGCGCCGUUCGGGCGUUGCUCCAGAAGAAAGGAAUAACAAAAUUUAACCUUGGUGUGAGAUUCCCAAACGUGUACUUGGGUGUUCCAAGGCUAGAUCCUGUCGAAUACAAAAGACUUCGCCAAUGGUUUGCUGCACUGGGCUGGAAUACAUCGAUGUCCACUCCGGUGGCCACCAUGUCGUUAACUGACCUCGCAACCUGGUCGCCUCCCGAUGGACUUGGGCAAGCGUUGACCAAUCCAGAGGUCAAAUACGAUCUCGUGCACGGCGGAGAAUACACCGACGCCAUGAUGGAACAUCUUACCAGGUGUGCACGAAGCGACGUGCAGAGCAUCUAUCAGUUGGCACUACACAACAAAGAAGGUGCUGGUAUCAUUCGGGCCAAACGAGCGUCAGACCAAGCGAUUUUGGGAAGCAUCUUGAUUUAUCGAUCAGGGUCGAGAAUCGCCCGAUUCAUACCAUCUCUUUACAAACAAGCCGGCAUGGCUUGCAUAUCUUCACCCGUCAUUUCAACCAUAUUUAGCGACCGAAUCUCCAUUUUCCAGGGACUUGUAUUAUUAGGACUCCGUCAGUUCAAGAAACAAGGGCUACAGACCGUCCUGCUCGAUUAUGUCCGUGAAGAUGUCACGGUCGAUAGCUUGACGUCUUUAGGUUUCACUAUCGGAAACAGCUUCGAAGAAAUCUCGAGCGAUCCAGUACAUUGGACCAUGAUGUCGGCGACUUGA